AUGCCUCAGGCCACUACGUCUACAUCCACUGGUGAAAGUGCAUCCAUCCCAGCUACACCGGUUAUUGCUCCUUCUGACUCUGUAGCGUUCCUUCGCCGCGACCUCUCUGGCAAGAACAUGGCAUCCGACAUGUUUUCUGUGUCUGGCGCCCCUUCAUAUGCAGUAAUGUCUCCAAUCUCACAUAAUCCCUCUGAUAUAUCCAUGGUUGAAGCUCCCCCAGACAAUGUAGAAUACCGCACUUGUACCGUGUCUUUCAAGAGCCUUUUACGAAAGGGUGUGCCUUCCGACCUCGUCGAGUCAUUUUUGCCGAAGCUAAAUACUGCAUUGCAUGAUGUAUCUGACUAUGUUAUGGACUUGCAAUUGGUGGUAUAUACAUUGAUGCUCUCAAUGAAGUACUUGCAGCUCGUAGCUUGUAGUGGUGAUAUUCAGCUGAAGAAAGCUCAUGGUUUCCAAAUACAAGAUAUCCUCCCAGCAGGCUACAAUAUGAAAACUGAUGUCACUACCUCUGCUCCUCCAUUAUCCUCUAAUGCCUUGAAGUUUACGGCUUUUUGCAGCGGUGUCAAGGGUCUUUUCCAGAGCAGACACAUUGAUUACCUGCAUAUUGCUUUGUUUGGCCAAAGAGGUACCAAGAUCUCGCACACUGCAUUUGCUGCUCUGUCGUCCGCCAAUUCGCCAAUACUCGAUGCUAUCGUAAGGGAUACGCCUCAACCUGCUAAUGAACUCAUGAUGGUGGCUCGAGGAUUGUACAAAACAAAUCUCGAAAACAUGUGGACAAGUAAUAAGCAAAGAAAGGCACAGGGCAAACCAGAAGACAACAACUGGGCGAAGCUGGCCAGAAAUAGUCAAGAGCGCAUAACUCACAUGUACGCUGAUGCCAAGCGUCCUGUCAAGGCUGUUUCUACUUCUGGUACUACAUCUGAUCAAGCUGCUGUAUCUGCUUCUGGCUCAGGUUCUUUUACUACAGCUGUAUCUACUCCUACUGAUCCUUCUAGCACUUCUGAUGCUGUUGCUGCCUCCAAUGCUAGUUUUGGUAUUGAUAGUGCUGGUAUGCCUAUUGACAAACUGCUCCCUCUUUCUGAACUGAUAGACGAGGAAGACGACCAAGAAGAAGAGGAAGGCACCCGUGAUCUGCCUAGAAGACGAAUUAUGAUUCUCAAAGCUAUCCUGAUAAAUCUCUUGGUGAGGCAAGCUGGAAAGUCUAUUACCCAUACACAGCUCAAGAAGGAACGUCCCGAUAUCGCGGAAGAAGAGAAUCGCUUGCCAUUCUUAUUGUUGGCCAAUGGUAUCUUUUGCUCUGUUGGCUACCACAAGUUUGCCGUGGAUCUGUGUCCAAUUUCUUCCUGUGGCUCAUUACAUGCAAUGCGUGUGGACGCGGCCUCUCUGUAUGCCUUAUGUACCAGAGGUGAUGAUCAAAUGGAUAUCUUUGACUUUCAAGGAUUUGUCAUAGAAAACGUUGGGAUAGCAAGACAAUACAAGGAUGCCGUGUUUAAUUCUUUUUUCGACAUUCGUGCCAUUACGCAAGCCUGCAAGUCCUUUGGUCUGACAUUUGCUCACAACCUCACCAUUCUGCCUGGUCUUACUUCUGUCCGUAUUUUGGGUACCAAACCAAGUUCUAACAAGUCAGUUUCCAAUGCGAAGAAACCUCUAGAUAUUGAUUGGGAUACCGUGAGAGAGCUUCAAACCAGAACUAAUCAAGCAUUGAAGAAGGACAUUGACCAACUGGAAACCGAUAUCAAGACUGUGUCUGAUGAGCUGAAGGCUGCAAACAAGGACCACAAGAAGGAGCAGUAUUCUACAAGGAUCACGGACUUGAAGAAGCAAUGGCAUACUGAUCGUAGCAAACACCAAGAAAUCAAAGAGCUGAAGGCUCAAAGAUACCAGUUGUUCAUUGCCAUCAAACAGGUCAAGCAACAACUGUCCAACAUGAGAACUCGUGCCUUUUUGACAAGGAAAGCCAUUGAAUAUAGAAACAAAGACACCCUUCUUGUAUCAAAUAACGAGCCUCCUCCUUCUGACCAACAUCUCGAUUCAAUGGUGUUUUCGGGUACUGAUAACGGGCUGGCUGUAAUGACAGAAACUAUUGGCAUGAAUCUGAACAAAUACAAAUAUCACUUGUCACUGCAUAAUAGAUUCUCUCCUCUAACCCAUCUCGAUGCUGAUGAAAACAAUUUGUCUGAUAGAACUGGUAUUGCGGCUGGUAACGAUGGCAAUGGCGUUGAUCAAGUUAUUACAAACGACGCUAGUGACAAGGAUGAAAUUCGUGAUGGCACUGUUAAAUGCGAUGGAGAUCUCAAUGGCGAUAUGUCUAUUGGUAAUGAUUUUAGUGGCGAUGUUUAUAGUGGCGAUAUUUCUGAUGUUCCUGAUGCUGAUGAUGGCGACGCCAGUGCUACUGCUAAUGAUCGUGGUCAGACAACAACAUUUGAACCUCUGCCAGAGUCAUACAAGAUGCGUGCUGAAGAUGUCGACUUUGGUUCUGGCCAAUUUAUGAGGCGAAAGAUCACUUUGAAAGACAGGAAAGCAACAGAAGAAGGAAAGAAGGUUCAAGAGAUUGAGCAGCAAUUGCCGAGAUCCAGUGUGUUCAGAGCCAAAGAGGUAGAGGAUGUCAUGUCAAAUCUUGAUGCACACAGAAGCAAUGGCCAAGCAUUGCGAGCGUUCUACCACUCAAAGAAGCAGAAUACUCUUUCUAACAAGGUUGAGCACAUUGACAGGCGUUUCCGUUCUCGUUUCGCUUCGCGUGAAAGAUCCUUUUGUGCUGGUGUUCGUCCCCAAACGUCACUUACUAUGUUCAUUGGAGAUCGUGGUCUUUGUGUCGGCUCUCGUUUGAAGGGUCAUUUGAAGUAUGGUGGAAAAUGGAAGCCUCGCUUACAUUCAUCUGUCGCCACUGUGCAUACUACCAACGAACACAAGACAUCCCAGACGUGCAUGUACUGCUUUGGUCCCAUCUCUCAUCCCACACAAACCACCAAAGCAAAAGAUGGUAAGACCAAGACAAGGUCCAUUCAUGAUGCAUUCCUGUGCUUAAAUCCUGCCUGCGUGUCCGUUCUCAAUCACAGAGCCAUUCAAGGUAGAGACAAGACAUCUGCUUUAGCCAUCGCUGUCUCUGGGCUUUCCACUCUCUUAUUCAGGCAGCUAUUGCCUGUAUUCAAUCCAAAACCCAGUCAAUCCAACACUGGCAUUAUUUACAAGACCACCUCUUUUUGCAACAGAAACGAGAAACGGGACGGCAGCGGUGCUGCAUUAGUGGACGCUUGA